AUGUCUCACGAGUCGGUCUGGUAUUCGCGCCCUAGGACUUACGGCAAGGGCUCCCGCGAGUGCCGCGUCUGCACCCACCCCGCUGGUCUGAUCCGCAAGUACGGCCUCAACAUCUGCCGUCAGUGCUUCCGCGAGAAGAGCUCCGACAUUGGCUUCGUCAAGCACCGAUAG